AUGCAACCUUCAAUCAUUCAAAGAUCUCUGGCCAAAAGCACCAUAUUACGCGCUUCUACAACGCGCCAUUGGAUACAAACACGAAAGCCCAUCAUCGCACAAUCACGAUUACGAUGUAUCUCGACGGAAGCAAAUGAUUCUAACCCUAAAAAACAAAUCCCUGAGGCGGAACCACAAAACAAUCAUUAUCGAAAAUCUCGAGAAGAUUCGUCGUCACAUGAUGAGUCAUCCAAUCUCAAGGCGAAGAUGCUCGAGGCUGCAGCGACGGCUCUUGCAUCCAUCAUUGUACUUGGAACAGGUUUUGGUUUAGGAGGUUAUCUCUAUCAUAGAUUCUACAAAUGGAUGGUUCUUCAUAAGAUGGAAAUUGCCUUUAAGCCAGGUGAUCCAGUUUUAGACCUCGCCGCUACCUCGAAACAAGUGCCUAAAAAGUAUACAGCUCAAGAUGAUGAACAUUGGAUACAUCGUGCAGAGCAAGAGAAAAUUGAUAAGAUAGUGAAUGGAGAAGAUCGUGGUCAUUACCAUUUGUUGAUUGGAGAAAAGGGUGUGGGCAAAUCUAGCAUGUUACUUGAAGCUAUGCAGAAGAUCGAUGGAGAAGGAGUUAGUAUGUUUGAAGCACAUGCGGACCCUGAGAUUUUUAGAGUCCGUUUAGGAAAAGCUCUCAAUUUUGAGUUCAAUGAGGAUUAUAUUGGAUCGUAUUUCUCUGAAAGGGGUCCUAGGGAUAGCACAGCUUUGUUGGAUAUCGAACGGGCGAUGAAUAAAUUGGAAAAGGUAGCAUUAAAGAGAAGAAGCUCAGGACGUGGACCUCUAAUUAUGAUUAUCAAUGCAGUACAUCUUCUUCGAGAUGACGAAAAUGGCAGGGAUCUACUUGAGCUUUUACAACAACGAGCUGAACAAUGGGCCGCAGCUAAUCUAGUCACCAUGGUUUUUAAUAGUGAUGACUACUGGGUUUACGAAAGAUUAAAGCUACUAGCAACCCGUAUGGAAGUCACUACUAUUCCGGAUCUUCCACGUGGAUUAGCAGUGUCUGCACUUCAAAGAUAUCGUCAGAAAUAUUAUGCUGAAACUCUUUCCUCUGAAAUCUUAAAUGAAGUUUAUAACAGAGUAGGCGGCCGUUUAACCUUUUUGAACCGAGUUGCCAAAUCUUCAAACAUGCUUGAAACUUGCGAUAAUAUCAUCGACACUGAACGACGAUGGUUCCUAAAUCAAUGUUGGAUCCUAGGAAUGGAAAUGGACGAUGAUGUAAUGGAUCAACAAAAAUAUGCCUCCGCAGCCAUGGUCCUAGCCCAAGCACUCGUCGCCGCCGAAAAAGACACACCUACCUAUAUCGACGACGGCUCCCACAAUAUCCCCGAAAUCCCCCUCCACAAAGCCCGUCAAAUCAUGACCCGAGCAGAUUUCAUCCAACAAUACGAUCACGUUAAUCUCUUUACAAUUACCUCGAAAGCCAUGGUUCGAGCGGAUUCAGUACCAAUGCAACAGGCGUUUCGAAGUAUCUGUGCUGAAGAAGGCUUUGAAGAACAUCUCGAGGCUACUUUACAGAGAAUUAAUGAUAUUGAAAGUUUAGGGAGGACGAGGGAAAUUGUGGCGAAGGAUUUGGUCUUGGGUGGGAAGUAUAAGUUUGUUAUGAGUGAUGGGGAGAAGAGGGGUUCGAAGGUUACGGAGGUUACUUUGGAGGAGAAAGAGGAGGAUGGUAGGGAUAAGUAG